GAACUUGCAAAACCCAGAUCUAAGAUGAACUCAGGCAAACCAAGAUAUUUAACAGAUAGCGAACGGGCCAAAAUCCUAGAAUUCCAAGAUCUGAUCCACUAUAGCCCCCGCUACAGCGAUGAUUCUCACGAAUACAGGCACGUGAUGUUGCCCAAAGGAAUGUUAAAGUUAAUUCCACAAGACUACUUCAAUCCCGAAACAGGUACUUUACGAAUCUUAAUGGAAGAUGAGUGGCGGGGAUUGGGAAUCACACAGUCGUUGGGCUGGAUGCACUACGAAACACAUGCCCCCGAGCCCCAUAUCUUGUUAUUCAAGAGAGCUAUAAAUUACGGCCAGUGAUCCCAGAUCCCGGAGCUGCCACAAUCAAAGAUGCAGCUCCCCAGAGAUAUUUGUCACGAGAACAAGGAUAUGUAAAUUUACUGGAGAUGGAAGAGCAGGGGACUGGAGAAGGUGAAGAGAAUAAUUAGAAACCAGGUGGAGUGUGUUGAGGAGCGAGAGCUGUGAAUAGCAUGGAAAUAUAUAAUUACUGAG